CCCUGGAGCCGCUUCGUGGUGGGCACGGCGGGGCUGGGCGCCGAGGAGCUGCGGAGCCUGGAGCUGGAGCAGAGCCGCCACCGCGACCUGCUGCUGCUGCCGGAGCUGCGCGACUCGUACGAGAACCUCACGGCCAAGGUGCUGGCUACCUACGUGUGGCUGGAUGCGCACCUGGACUUCCAGUUCGCCCUCAAGGCUGACGACGACACCUUCGUGCGCUUGGAUGUGCUGGUGGAGGAGCUGAGGGCUAAAGAGCCGCGGCGCCUCUACUGGGGCUUCUUCUCGGGCCGCGGGCGGGUGAAAUCCGGGGGGAAAUGGAAGGAGAGCGCCUGGCUGCUGUGCGAUUAUUACCUGCCCUACGCGCUGGGCGGCGGCUACGUGAUCUCCGCCGAUCUGGUGCGUUACCUGCGCCUCAGCAGCGACUACCUGAACCUGUGGCAGAGCGAGGACGUGUCCCUGGGCGUGUGGCUGGCGCCCAUCGACGUGAAGAGAGUGCACGACCCCCGCUUCGACACCGAGUACAAAUCGCGCGGCUGCAACAACAGAUACAUCGUGACUCACAAGCAGAGCAUCGAGGACAUGCUGGAGAAGCACCAGACGCUGGCCAAGGAAGGGAAGCUGUGUAAGGAGGAGGUGAAACUGCGGCUCUCCUACAUGUACGACUGGGGGGUGCCUCCCUCGCAGUGCUGCCAGAGGAAGGAUGGCAUCCCCUGAAAGCCUCGGGGUGAUGGACUCUGCUCGCUGUUACACCGGGAGAAUCCUGUGAAAAUGGAAUUCUCGCCUCAGUUUCUCCCUCAGAACAUUGGGCACGAAGGGUUUGGGAUGCAGGCAUAGCUGGAUUUUGGGAAUUGCGGUUAAUUUGAGCCAGGAUUCUUGGAAUUUUACACUCCAUUUCCGUGGACAGACUUCCCAAAUCACAGCCUGGUGCUGUGCAUCCAUAAUUCCAGCAGAACUGAGUGGGAGGAGCUGCUAAAAUGGAAUUUUGGCCUCGGUUUCUCCCUCAGAAACAAAUCGUUCCCCUCAGGCACCAAUCCCAAAGGCUUUGGGAUGCAGCCCUGGCUGGAUUUUGGGAAUUGCUGUUAGUUGGAGUCAGGGGUUAAUUACUCUUUAAAAGGUUUUGCACGACUCAUUCUGGCACCCUGUGACUCCCUGGGAGGUGCUGACGUGGCAUGGGUCAAAAUGCUUAAAAAAACAAAAUAGGUGACAGAAAGCACAGAAAAAGGUCAAAUGCCAGGAUUGAAGGCAAAUAAAAGGUGGCAAAACACAGAGAGUAUAAAAAACCAGGAGAGAGAGAGAACUGGAAUAAAAAGUUUGAAGAGAUUCUGAUGUUUAUUUGCUAAAGGUCACGAUAAGUUUUGGUGCUGAUAAGACUGGAAUGAGGCUGCUGUUUAUUCCUUGGCAGGGAAAUGCCAACUUGGCACGGAGGGAAGAGCCCAAAUUUGGCAUCAGGUUAUUGCCAGAGGCAGAAAAAAGGAUCAGCUUUUCCUCUUGUGCCUGCAGGGAGAGCUCUCUGGCAGAGGAUGGAAUGGUUAAAUCUGUUAAUUUGUCUCUUUUUGCUGUUUGAAAGGCAAUGUACAUAAAACACCUGGCAGCUCCUAAGGGAGGUGACUGAGUUUUGGCAGAAAUGGAAUUUAUUUUAAUUUAGGAGAAGAAUUUUUUGUCUUUGCAAAGCCUCCAGGUGUUGUUUGGAAUUCAUUUCCCUCCAACACUCAAGAACUCCCUGGCUGCUCCAAGACAUUGCAGGCUUCAAAUUUAGAUUUAUUUGUAAUACAAAUGAGCAGGAGUUGAUCAGUGGGAGUUCAAAAAGCAUUUUUAUCCCCAAAGGUGGGGAUUUAAGGUAUAAAAAUGAACUUUGUGUAGUCAAGAGAAAGAAGUUCCCCCUACCCCAAAAAUUCAACUUUGAGAACUUUAUUUCUCUUUUCACCACACUAAAAAAAUCACAUUUAGGUGCUCAAAGCUGGGGGAAUUCCUUCCUUCUCUCCAGAAAUUCCUUGUAAAGGAACUAAAAUCGAAUUAUUUAUCAGUGACACAUCCACAGAUGGGAUUUUUUCCCUCACUCCUGGCUACUCCAAAAUAAUCAGAGCUCACACAGGACUCAGACAUUAUUUAUUUAUCUCCAAACCUGGAAUUCCAACAUUUUUCAGUGGCAGCUGCUCCAAAAUUUUUCCAGUCCCCUGUGCCAGCUGCAGUUCCUGCAGCGUGAGCGGUUUUUACCUUGUAAAUGUAAAAUUUCAGUUUUUAAAUGUCUUUUUUUUUGUGUGUGUGAUUUUUUUGUU